GGAUCAGCUCAAAGCGUGCCCGAGCAGUUCGCGACAGCUAGCGUCACCGGCAGGAGCUCCCGUGAUUGGGAUUAGAACUCCGUUUCAGUGCAAAAGUUUUGUGUACCAGGUAUCCCCCAGCGGACACAGUCUGUCGGCAGCAGUCGUUCGAUUCGCACAUUAUUCAUCCAAGGACCCAUGGCACGGAAUGAAUGCUAGUGAAUGAACCGAGCGAAAGGCGUACGUGAGUGAGUGAGAAAAGAAAAAUUUCGCCGGAAGUCGACGCAAGCGAAAAUGUUUAACUUUUUCAAGCGUUCAAAGUCGCAAAAAUCAAAACAAAAACUGCAACAGCCGUCAUCACACGGCAGAGGCGAGAACGCAUCGCAGCAGUCUGUGCCAGGCGCGUGCGUCGCAAAUGCCUUGGAGACGCAACGGCCCUCGACACAGCCGCUCGCUCAGGGCGCUGUUGAUGUGGACAGUCGUAGACGAGUGGAUUCCACCGGUGAGCAGAACGGAAGUGGCGAAGCGGGUGGAAGUAUUAAAAAUAAGCAACAUUCACCGCCAACUGCGACCAGCAGCGGUUUCAUCAGUCCGAGUGAUAUAAUCCACGAGAACGGUUGCUCGUUUGGCUUGCAGGACGGCGGCGGCAUCGCGAUCGAGUUCGUCGACGAGGAGGUUGAGGAGGCGGAGGAAGAGCGCGUGAUCGAUGAGUGCGUGCAGCAGCAGCGGCGCGAACAUUCACUGCCUCUUGAAGCACGGGGGGAACGAAACGAUUCGACAUUUCAGCGAUCGACUAGUUACAAUCAACGUGCGGACCUGAUCGAGUGUGAUAUGGCGAAGGGAAGAAACAAACGACGCUAUCAGCAGCAGCAACAGCAACAGCAGCAUGGUAGUAAAGGUUCUAACCAGCAUCAGCAAGGUCAGAAACAGUUGGGUCAAAAUCAAGUUACGAGUAAAGAAAGCAACCUGUUAUCGAAAAAGGUUGACGAAGAGUUAGGAAAGUUUGACAAAGCGGGUGCUGGAAAACUGUUUCCGAUUUGUUCUACAAACAUCGGUUCAAAAGAGUCGACCAAGAACAAUGAAAGUGUUUCUAACGAAGAUCGAAAGGUGACAGCCAUUAGGAAAGAUGCAGAUUUGCAGCGACGGCCCUGUCUCAUGGACGGUGACGUCAAUGGUGGAAAUGUUGUGGAUCGUAAGGAUAAAAAUAGCAUCGUGUUGUGCUCGGGCACUAACAAGCCCUCUACUGACUCUCGUGUUGGUGUUGUAAAUGUAUUGACAGAGAAGCUCACUGCGGCGGCGCAACCAACGGCAACGUCAUUGUUGCCGUUAACGCAAACCAAGCCAAGCGUCGUUUGUGCCGGUUCCGCCGUUAAUGAAUUAUUAAGCCGCUCAGUAUCAUCACAGUCUCCCGUAGAGAAGGAUCACCAUUCUGCCUCUGUUUCCGGUGCCGCUGGCAUUAAAGAUGAUCUGCACCAGUCGCCCACUAAUAGUGAACUUGUAACUAGCAAAGACGUAACAUCGAACAAGGAAAUGGGCCAGCAGUCAAGCAAGACAAGCGAACCGACGACCCGAAGCAGCAGCCGACGAUCAAUUACCCCAACGCAUCAGCCUACUGCGAUUCCGCCUCCGUUGACGAUUCUUUCAAAGGGCGAUGCUUUUCGGGACGAUUCUAGCGACGAUCGGGACGUCUUCUACGAAACCACCGAAUCCCCAUCGUCACCAGUCACAGCUUCCCUGGAUGAUAAGAUAUCGUCUCCGCUUGACUCCGUUAUCAUCACCGAGAACUUUAGCAGUGAAACGAAGAUUAGUCCCAAAAAGCGAGUAGUGUUUAGUGAACAAUUAGUCGUUGAUGGAAAACCAUCCCCCGAGAGCGAUUUACGCAACGGAUUCGCUAGUGAAAUCGCGUUAAAUUUAGAUCCUCUGAGUUAUGAACCAGUUGCGAAAAAUAAUGAUGAGCACAUGCAUGUAGCAGCAUCUUUUUCACCCAGUUCGCAUCAUGUGAAUAACAACCACAUCAACGGUGUAAACGUGCUGCUCCACAGUGUUGGUGGUGGAGGUGGUGAACAACUUGCAUUUAACAGUGAUAAAAGUGGCAUUUCAGUUUGUGUUCCCGCGAGCAUUAUUGCCAAACCCAAGCUAAUCGAUUUCAAAUAUGACAACAGUGAACCCAUCAACGGUGGCGGCCCUGACGCAGGCUUCCACAAGGGAGAGAAAGAACAAUCCGGUAACCAUGCCAGCAAGGAGGCGACGCCUUUGAUCAUGAAAAACGGCUGCAGCACCGAACUGAUCGUGGAGGACGUGAUCAGCCUGCCGGACGUGGUGCAGCCGACCAGCAUCGAGAAGACAGCCAAGCAGCCGUUCAACACAGUUGAUAAAAUCAACAGUGAAAUGAAGGAGCUGGUGAAUCAGGAAUCACGCUACAGCGCCAAACUCGAGGAUGCCGAGAAGCGGGCGAGUGAAGCGCAGACGAAAGUGUACGAGCUGCAGCUGCAGCUGGAUGAGGCGCAACGGGAGGUUUCGUUGAAGGAAUGCAACGUUGAACGUCUCCAAGCAGAAUUGGAUGCGGCAUGCAGGGAGUGCGAGAGUAUUCAGGUGCGCCUACGGACGCAGAAUGCCAAUAUGGAUGCAUUAAGACUGAAAUUCUCCGACAAGGAGGAUGAGCUAAAUCUUAAGUAUCAAAAUUUAGAGAUAGAAUUGCUAGAGGUAAACGAGAAGCUGAAAGAGGUGCGCCAGCUGGCGCACGAUUUAAACCGACAGCUGCUGGAUGCCAAGGCGGAUGCCGAGAAGUUCCAGCAGGAGCGAAAUAAGCUACUGGAGGAACGGGCCGAGGAGCAGAAGAUCAUCAAGGAAGCCUUGGAGGUGGCACUGAAGGAGCGCAACCAGGUGGACGCCAAGUGGAAGAAUGAUUUCGAACGGCUGCGUACGGUACACUCGGACCGGGAAGAGCACCUGAUGGAGGACUGCGAGUGGAAGAUUCGUUCGAUGCAGAAACACUGUAAGGAGAAACUCGAGUCUGCCGAACGGGAGCGAAAGGUGGCCCUGGAUAGUGCCGCUAAGCUGGAGCAGGAAACGAGAAAACACAUGCAAGAGGUUAAACAUCUCCGAUCGUAUGAGACAGAGGUUGCGCAACUGCGAGGGCUUACCUACGAUCAGCAGCAGGCUCUAAUGGCCAUGACGCGUCAGGUGGAUCAUCUGAAAGCGGAGCUGGAGGUCGCCAACAGUAAGCUGGAAGCCGAGAUCGUCAAAGUCCAACAGAUCAAAAGUCGCUGUGAAUAUCAAUUGUGUGAAAAAGAGCGCGAAGCGCUCAAUCGAAUCGAGAUCGCACGUGGGGAAAUUGCCAUGCAAUGGGAGGAUCGACUGCUGCACGAGAUGAACCGGCUCAAGGUCGAACUGGAACAGAUGCACAUCGAAGAACGCCUAUCGGCGAUUGAAAAAAUCAAACGGGAAGCACUAGAGGAGACGGAGGCACUUUCACAUAAGUUUAAUGCGCGGGAAAAGCAGCUGAAAGAUGAAAUCGACACGCUGAAGGCCAACUUGAAAAGGCAGAAACAAGCGAUGGAGGAUGCCCAAACAGAAGCGGAUGCAAGGCUGUUGCAGUCACGUAUGUUUGUUGAAAGAGCAGAACGGGAGCAUGAGGCGAUUUUGGCCAGGGAAGUUUCCAAACGGGAUGAAAUUAUUGAAAAUCUUAAAGAACAAUACGAAAAGGAAAAGCAGGAGAUGGAGCAGCACUUUAGCCUUCGGAUACAGCAGGUGCAGGAGGAGUUUGCCCGUGAACUGUCGGACACCACUGAACUGCUGAAGCUUUCACACAAGCGGGAACUGGAACAUCAAUGGAAACAGCUGGUCAGCGAGAAGGAGGAAGCCCUCCAGCAGAUGGAAUCACGACAACGAACGAGACUGGAGGAAGCUGAAAAUAAAAUCAGUGGAAGUGGCUUGAAUGCACACUGCCUUGAGCGUAACCACGUGAUCACCAAUACUAACAAGAAUAGCACGAAGGUUCAAAGCGGACCUUUGGCAAGCUUAGCCCACCUGCUGGUGGAUCUAACUCGCGGGGCUUAUCCCCUGUUUCCGGCGCUAGCUGUCUACCAGCAGACACAUUCCGGUUCGCUGGCCUUGCUGACGUUUCUGCUGACACUGGCGUUGGUUGUUUAUGUCCACCGGCGGUUGCUUGGCGGAUAUUAGGAAUUUGCUGUCGAUUUCUUUUUUCAGAUUAUAGAGGAAAUGAUUUUGCAAUUAGUUGUUUCAUCCGACAGGAGAUUGAACUGCAGGCAUUUUUGUCACAACAUUUAACACGAAUCUGCCGGUUUUUAGCUAGUCAGUAAUAGUGCGAUUUAAAUUUUGAAAACCCCAAACAGUUUAUUUGGAGGAGAGCAAAGCAAUUAUGAAUGAUGAGUGGUGGGCACCAUUUGGGCUGAUUCCGUAAAUCAAAUCUUUGGGCGUUUAAACGAAAUUCGAACGCGUACGAUAACUCGGAACGAAAACUACAUAUAAUCAAAAAGUUUGUUAUGAAAAUUGAUCAUUUUUGCGGAAAUGAGAAUAAAUUCUCUCGAAUAUUAUUUCCUUUCAAACAACAGAAUAAAAUGUAGAAAAUAAUGGGAAUCAAACUAGUCUAAAAAACCAAUUGUUUAUUAUGCAAAGUUCAGCUUGGUUUUUGAGUAAUGCUGGCAAUAUAUUCGAAAUAUAAAUAUACCAAUAUUAUUUUCCACUUACAAGCUCAACACGAAUCCACAUGCAUUUAUUACCUGCUCACUUGGCUGAAUUUUCAUGAAUUCCAGUCCCCCAGUAUCGGUUUCGUCUGAGCCAGAAAUGAGCGCGUAUUUUUUUUCCGGAGAGAGUUCCUCGUAGGACUCGAUGGAUAUCGCAAAUAUCGUCUCAAAAGACUUCCAAUCAAUAUUACGUGUAAGGGCGUACGAAAUAUUGAUUUAAUCAGGAGGAGUUUUACCAUAAGUAUUUGAGAUAACGAUUGAAAGAUGAUCACUACCGUGAGGAUCAUUGACUACUUUCUACUGGCAAUCUAACGCUAGUGAUGUCGAGGAUAGGAACAGGUCAAGCACGCAUUCACGUGCUGAAGGAUUUGGUACAUGUUCCCCAGUUUUCAAAAGUGUCAACUCUACUAUAUCUGUUCAAUCCGCGCGGAUAGAGGAAUAUAUAACGAAACAAGGCAUAGGUUUUUUUUUCAUUCAUAUUCAUGUGAAUGGCAACGACUUCAAUAUUCGAGAUCGGGGGGGGGGAUCAAUUCUGAAAAAAGAAUAGCACUUUUGAUCCCUAAAAAGAACCCCUCCACCGUGUGAGAUUCGAUCUCGACGAAUAAAGUUAAAAUCGUAGAAAUUGAGUUGAUCGUUUGAAUUGAGAAAAGUUUCACAGACGCAUCGCUAUUGUAUGUGUUUAUCAAAUGCGAAAAUAGAUCGAAUUUGGAGAUGAUACUUCUGCAAUUCCACUGUAAUACAGUGAUAAAAUUCCUAACCUCUUUCGACGUAUUAAUCAUCGAAAGAUAAGAUAACUGAAAUGA